ACUUGACCUAGUCUGUCCCGCUUUCAACGAACAUGCUCUGUCCCCUUCCUAUUCACCUAGCCUAUCAAGAUGCCUCGCGAAAACAGUCUCAGCGACUCAGAUGGUCGUUCGCUCACGCCGGACCUCGAUGAAGCCAUGUUGCGCGAGGCUGAAGCUCGCCGUUUAUCUGCAGAACCGUCGGACGAGGUCCGACCACAGCUCUCAGACCUCGAUGGCGUUUCUGCUCCAUCUGUGCUCAAUCCCAAUAUGCAAAACCCGACAGAAAGGGCCCCUGCGAGGCCAGACGCUGCUGCCAUGCCGGCCCACACUACGGCUGGCGACCGCUUCCGCGCCAUGGUGUGGAAAAUCAUCCAUAUGAAUCGCACAGCGUCGUCAAUGACAUUCGCGCGUCCCGGAGUUGGCGCGGAACCAGGUGUUGACCCACGGCGAGCAUCUGCGAAUAUCAGCUAUGGGAAUGUGCGGCAACGCUGUGUGAUUGAAGUCGUCGACUACUCGACGAUGCGCACGAACUUUCGGCGUAUGACCAACCGGGAGUUUGUCAAGAUGCUGAAGGAUCCAGAUGCUAGCAGUCGUGAUCCAUGGGUGCGCGUCCGUUGGAUUAACGUAGGCGGUAUCAGCUGGGACGUGCUCAGCUCCCUGGCGCUCAAAUACGAUAUGCAUCCUCUCGCUAUCGAGGAUGUUCUCACCCACCGUCAGCACACGGGCUCUAAAGUAGACUACUACCCGCAACACCUCUUCCUUCGUGUCCUCUUCCACUCCCUUGCCUCCAGCAAUGCUCCUUCCCCAGACGUCUCCUUCACAGACCUCUCACGUUCCGAGUCUCCUGGCCGGAUGGAUGGUAUUCUCGAAUCCGAUGAAGAGUCGCUCGCGGAUGGCGUAAGCGGGGAUGAGAACCAGGAAGCGCUCAAUAACUUGGACGACAACAGGACAAUUUAUGACAAUGCUGCUGGCCCGAACUCCUCGACCAGACGUGCAUCGCUGAAGCGCAGGACUGCCAGGAAGAGCGGCAGGGAUGAGGAGGACUCCGUCAUGGAGGGGCAAUUUGCGAAGCUUGGUUCAUUAUUUAGCGAUAAAAAGAAAGUUGCGAGGAACAUGAAACUCGUCCGAGAAUUGACAAGACGCGAUCGUAUCAACGUCAAGGUUCACCCUAUAUGUAUCUUCCUGUUCCGUGACGGUACUGUAAUAUCAAUCAACGAGGAUCCCAAUGUCGACUUCACGAAACCCAUCACAGACCGUCUACGGCAACCGCAUACUGGUCUACGGCAGACUGCCGAUCCCUCGCUACUGGUACAGAGUCUGCUAGAUCUUAUCGUCGAUUCUGCGCUCGAAGUGGUAGAAGAGUACCAGGGUAAACUUCUCAAAAUCGAGCAGGAGGUACUCCUCAAGCCGAGCAUGGCGACUGUGCGAGGACUACACAUUCUACAGGGCGAUCUCAUUCAACACAAGCGUACCCUCGAACCGAUAAAGACGGUGAUAUAUGGUCUGAGAAGGUACGACGAUGAUAGAACCGCCGCAGUAAUGGAGAAGGUCGACCCGCACAUGAAGGUUGAGGGGUAUAUGAGCCACAAAGCGAAAAUUUACCUCGCGGACGUGCACGAUCAUAUGGAGCACAUAUUAACAAGUCUGGAUAUGUUUGCUGGAGUUAGCGAGAAUUUGAUCAAUUAUACAUUCAAUAUGGCUUCGUAUCAGAUGAAUCAAGUGAUGCGCCGGCUAACGUUAGCCACCAUCAUCUUCCUCCCGUUGACCCUCUUGACAGGUUACUUCGGUAUGAACUUCCAGAACAUGUGGUCUGUCGACCACGGCCACAGCGACGUGAUGUGCGUGUCCGUUUCUGCUCGCAUCUGCUUCAUUUUUGUAUUCUUUGCAUCUUUCUUUGUCCCACGUCACUCCAUCUUCAUCUUAUUGUGUCCCCCCCCUUUCGAUUGUGUGCUGCUUGUCUCACUUGAUUGCUCUCUGUAUCUGCAGAUUCUGGAUCAUUGCAUUACCG